AUCAAAAACAGGUGCACCCCCCUAACCUUAACCUUUACUUCACCUGCCCCAUUCUCUAUCCUUUCCUCUUUUAUCUCUCCCAUUUUCUUCACUACUGACCUAUUUCCGUUACCGUUAUCUCCCUCAACCUUUUCUUUAUUAAUUAACCAUUCCUUUUCUUUCUUAUCAUUAUUCAGAACAAUACCUCUUUGUUCUUUUCACACCCCCUUCAACUAUCUUCUUCUCCCUUCACCAAAACUCCAACUUUUUUGCUUCACAAGAAAGGCAAUCCAAAAGGGCCAUCGAUUCUGCAAUUCAAUUCUUAAUCAGCGUUGAAAUGAAGCGUUCACUUUCAUCAGAAGCGAAUGAAGACAGAAAAAUGAAGAGGGUGAAGGAAGAAGAAAGUGAAAAAAUUGAUGGGGUUUGUGAAAAGAAUCGCGGGCUAGCGAGUUUUGAUGAGAAUAUGUUGUUUGAAGUUCUGAAACACGUUGACGCAAGGACUUUAGCGAUGUCGAGUUGUGUGAACAAACAAUGGCACAAAACAGCACAAGAUGAGAGACUUUGGGAGCUGAUCUGUACAAAACAGUGGGCUAACACUGGCUGUGGUGAACAACAACUACGAUCUGUUGUUCUUGCUCUUGGUGGAUUUCGUCGUCUUCAUUCACUUUAUCUUUUACCUCUUUCAAAGCCUCAAACAUCAUCAUCGUCAUCAUGUUCUUCUUCGUCUUCAUGGGGUCCAAUACCUCAAGUGAUAAAGUCUAAGCCUUUACCUCGUUUGGGGAAAGACGAGGUUCAUCUCUCACUUUCACUUCUCUCUAUUCGUUAUUACGAGAAGAUGAAUUUCAACAACAGAAACCUAUGAAAUUCUUAUGAAUUCAAUCUUCUAUUCCUUUGUGUUUGGUUUGGUUUGUGUGCUAUUUAUUGUCUUAUUAUGAUUUAUGAAUUAUAGUUACCAGAUCUGGUUUUUAAUUCUGGCAAUUAGCAUGUGUCUAAGCUUGUUGUGUGUAAAUUAGGGUGAAAAUAAUUGUUGUAUUUUUAUUUUUAUUCACGUACUACUAUAUGAUAAAUUUAAGUUGAAAUUGAAAUAUGAAUGAGAUCUUUAUCUUGA